AUGCGUACCACCAUCUACGGCAGUCACAGCUCCCACUUCAAGGCCAAGCUGAGGUUUUCCUCCACGCUUGCAACACGGGCGGCGCGGAGCCGGGCCCUCCUGCGGCGCUGGGACAGCGAGGAAGACGAGCAGCCGCAGCCAGAGGCCGGCUCCAGCCAUGGACACGGGGACAGGCCUUCGCCCAAGGAGCUGGAGGAGCUGGAGCUGCUGAACAGGGCCUUAGAGAAGGCACUGAAAGUCAGGAAAAGCAUCUUGAAAACUCCAUUAGGGGCCCAGGGAGCUGCAGGAGAGAAAUCUGCAGUUGAGAGACCUGCUCCCAAGAAUGCUCAAGAGCAGCAGGUGCCUGCAUCUGAGGGUGUUCCUGAGAGCACAAAGGUGAGAGCUGUAAGCAAAAAGCCUGCCUCUUUGAAGAAGCCCUCUCCAUACAAGCUGAGAGCCCCUUAUAGGACUGACCCAGAUGUGAAAAAACCGCAAAAGAAAGCCCCAGCCAGAUGUGUUUCUCAAGGUCCCAGGACAGCUGGGAAGAGCUCCUCGAAAGGGGUGGCUUGCAAACAAGGAAGGAGUCAUAGGACAGCAAUUGGUGCCAGUGACAGAGAGGCCUGUGUUCCAGCUGAACCCCAAAAGACACCUGGCUUGUUCAAAUCUGCCCUGAAUGAGCAGCAGAGCUUUUCCAUAGGGGAUUCAGCUGGGGGAAAGAACUCUGUAGCUUCUGGCAGGCAGCCAUUUGAUGCAGGGAAGAAAAGUGGUGGUUCCCUGGGAGAGUCCAGCAGAAAGGAGGACUCUAUAACUGAAGGUGCAUCGGGAGGGAGCACCUCACCUCAGACAGUCACCCUCCAGGAGAAGGGAUGCCAGCUGAAGCUACCCCUUCCCUACAGGAAAGCCUAUUCCAGGAACUCCAGGGCAUGGGAGAGAUGUCGUCUCUGCCAAACAAGUGCAGACGCAGCAGCUGCAAGGAACCGUUUUAUAGAGAGGAUCCAGACAACUUUUUGUUCAUCGAUGCCGGCCUUCAGUCCUGCAGAGAUAGAGGAGGAAUUAAAGGUCCUCCAGGAUGUCCCCUCCCUUUUGAGUCACUAUGUGGAAGCUGAGCCUGCAGACCAUCCCACUCUGCAAAGAGAGUAUGAGAGCCUUCUAACCUUGGAGGGUUUGCAAACCACAGUUUCCCAGUGCCUGUGUAAGCUGCAGCUUCUGCGGGCAGCUGUGGAGUCCCAGAUGAGGCUGCGCCCAGACUGCGCUGGGGACGUAGGAAGCUGCUCUCCAGCCUGUGUUCCUCCCAGGGGACAGACGUGUGACAGUGCAGGCGUGCUGGCUCUGCCGCUCCUUUGUUACUCCAGUUUCCAGGAGCUGAGGGACCUGUUUGCCUUGAAGCUGCAAGUGUCAAUGCUGCACCAAGAAAUUGCCUUACAAAAGGUCAUGAUGGCAGAACUCCUGCCUGUCCUGGAGUCCAGGCUCUACCCGGAGACCUCUGCAGCUCAGCUGUAUCGGGCGAUUUACACACAGCUCUGUGAAGGAGGCAAGCGAUUCCCCGUGCUGGUGAGAGACGAGCUGGCAGACUGAUCUGGUGGGAACCUCCUACUAGCCAUUUACGUAACCAGAGACAGUUUGAAGCAAUAAAUCUUUUCUAUUGACUUUUUUA